AGUUUCUACACACCCUCACAGCAGUCAUUACUCAAACACAUGUACRCUUCCAGCAAUAAACAUAUGGAGUACUACAGCUUCCUCCUUCUGUGGAUCUGCAGCCAACAUUUAGGUCUCCAUGACUGCUUCAACAUUGACACAAAGAGACCCCGGAUUAUCAAAGGCCCUAAACAAGCCCAGUUUGGAUACACUGUCCAACAACACGUGGCUGCAGGGGGAGAAAAAUGGCUAUUAGUUGGGGCCCCUUAUGAAAUGACUGGCCCUUAUCAAACAGGGGAUGUUUAUAAAUGUUCACUGAGCAAACGAAUCAAUGGCAAUGGCUGCCUGAAGCUCAAUUUAGGAAAGAUAUCCCUGACCAACGUGUCAGAGCGAAAAGACAAGAUGAGGCUGGGAAUGACCCUCACGACUAACCCUAAAGACAACAGCUUUGUGGCGUGUGGGCCUUUGUGGUCAUACGAGUGUGGCAGCUCCUACUAUAGCACUGGAAUAUGCUCCAAAGUGAAUUCAGGUUUCAAGUUCUCCAGGACAAUUAUGCCUGCUUUUCAAAGAUGUGAAACCUUUAUGGACAUAGUGAUUGUUCUCGAUGGAUCAAACUCCAUUUACCCCUGGUAUGAAGUGCAGGAUUUCCUUAUUAACAUUCUUCAAAAGUUUCAUGUUGGACCGGGUCAAAUCCAGGUUGGAGUUGUUCAGUAUGGUGAGCAGGUGGUCCAUGAAUUCCAACUCAGUGAUUAUAAAUCAGUUGAGGAGGUGGUAAAAAGGGCCAAAAGCAUCGACCAGCGUGGCGGAGAGGAGACCAACACGGCUCUUGGCAUCAACACAGCACGCUCCCAAGCGUUCAAACAGGGAGGUCGGCGUGGCGCCAAGAAGGUGAUGAUAGUGAUAACUGAUGGUGAGUCACAUGACAGCCCCGAUCUCCAGCAAGCUAUCGAGGACUGUGAGAAGGAUGGCAUCACCCGUUAUGCCAUAGCUGUGCUUGGCUACUACAACCGCAGAGGCAUCAAUCCUGAGGCCUUCCUCAAUGAAAUCAAGUACAUUGCCAGUGACCCAGAUGACAAACAUUUCUUUAACGUGACAGAUGAGGCGGCGCUGAAAGAUAUCGUGGACGCUCUUGGGGAACGCAUCUUCAGCCUGGAAGGAACCAGUAAGAACGGGACAGCGUUUGGCCUCCAGAUGUCACAGGCAGGUUUUUCCGCACACAACGUGGAGGAUGGGAUUUUGGUGGGAGCUGUUGGUGCUUAUGACUGGAAUGGAGCAGUGCUGAAGGACACACGGCAGGGGAAAGUGAUUCCUCCAAAGUCAUCCUACACGCAGGAGUUUCCCGAAGAGCUCAAAAAUCACGGUGCCUACUUAGGUUACACAGUAACGUCUGUGGUGUCUUCAAAAAGUGGUCGUCUGUUCGUAGCGGGAGCCCCACGAUUUAACCACACCGGCAAAGUCAUCAUCUUCACUUUGAAUAAUUCAGGCAACCUAACCAUCCUGCACUCACUCAAAGGUCACCAGAUUGGAUCCUAUUAUGGGAGUGAGAUUGCACCUGUGGACUUUGAUGGAGACGGAAUAACUGACAACCUUUUGGUGGCUGCACCAAUGUACUUCAACGCAGGCUUAGAGAAAGGAAAGGUCUACAUCUACAGAAUAACAGAACCGAAUCGUUUCAUCCCUGAAGGAGCUUUGGAAAUUCAUAAUGGUGGGCAGAAUGCUCGCUUUGGCUCGUCCCUCGCUCCUGUCCCCGAUCUCAAUGGUGAUAGCUUUAAUGACUUGGUGGUGGGCGCUCCGCUGGAAGACGACCACAAAGGAGCCAUUUAUGUUUUCUUCAGCCAGCACAACAGAAUCCUGCGCAAAUAUAAACAGAGGAUAGCAGCUGUAGAUUUGGCUGCAGGCCUGCAGUACUUCGGUCGCAGUAUUCACGGCACAAUGGACAUGAAUGAUGACGGUUUGGUGGACCUGGCAGUGGGUUCUCUUGGUGCUGCUAUUCUUCUCUGGUCAAAGAGUGUCGUGCGAAUUUAUACCACCGUCAGGUUUGAGCCCAAUAAGAUUAACAUCUUUGUGAAAGACUGUCAGAGAGGUGGCAAAGACGUGACCUGCAUGUCAGUCAUUGUAUGUUUCAACAUCACCGCCAGGACAGCCAUUCCACCCACACAGGAAAUUGGGAUCAAAUAUAACGUGUCCAUUUUGGAGAGACGCUUCAAUCCUCGAGCCAUCUUUGAUCACCCAAAUAAGCUGCAGCUCCAAAACCUGACGCUCUUUCCGGGGGAAGAAACCUGUGAACACUUUUAUUUCCAYGUCAUGGAGACCACAGAUUAUGCAAGACCCAUAGUGUUUGCAGUGGAAGUGGGGCUUCAAGAUUCAGACCAGGGACCAGUUCUGGAUGAUAGCUGGCCUUCUCUGGUGAAAACAGAGCUGCCCUUCUGGAAUGGUUGUGAUGAAGAUGACAACUGCAUGCCAGACCUGUCACUGCAGAGCUCCACCAACCUGAUGACUCGAAGUCAGUUCUGUGCUCGCUCUGUUCGGUCUCAUGGUGCUUUCUGCCGUCAUCAAAGUGACGGAGGAAUGGGGAGUUUGCUGCGGGUGCUUGAGGGAAACACAAGAAGAUUCUUGCUGGACAUCAAACUGGAAAAUAAAGGAGAGAAUGCCUACAAUGCUCAGCUCAACAUCACCGUCACUCCCAAUCUACGCUUCUCUAGUCUCAUCGUCAAAGAUACAUCUGAUAUUAAGAUUGAUUGUUACACGGAGGACAGAAUAAAUAACGAGAAGAUCUGCAACAUCAGUGCACCAUUUAUGCGAGCCAAAACACAGGUAUCGUUYCGCCUGGAGUUUGAGUUCAGUCCUAUUAUCCUGCUGGAUCACCUCAGAGUUAUCCUCAAAGCCACCAGCGAUGGUGAGGAAACAAACCCAACAGAUAACUCCAAUGAUAUCUAUUACUGGCUAAAAUACGAAGGAGACCUUCUAUUUACAAAGGAUUCAAACCCGACUCGGUACGAGAUCAAGUCAGAGCUCUCGCUGGAGGAGCCUGGAGUUAUCGGCCCUCCUUUUAACUUCACUUUCCAGAUUAAGAACCUUGGAUACUUUCCAGUAAGGAAUUUACAGCUGAACAUCGAGAUCCCAGAGAUGACAAAAAAUGGGAACCGGCUCCUGGAAAUAUUUGACCUGCAUGUUGACCAGAGAAACGGCACACACUGUUUACCUCCUCAGCAUAUAGCAGAGAGCAGAGCUUCACCUGAGGAUCUCUCCCGUUUCUUCCGCUUGAACCGAUCCAACACACUGACUCUGCCGAUCCAGUGCACAGUCAGUGUGGUUUCCCACAAAGAGAUUGCAGUCAGAAUCACAGGAGCGCUGAGGAUAGAUACGUUACACGCACUGAAGUUUAAAAUCCUGGAGCUGGUAAGCAGUGCAUCAGUGGAGCUGCCCUCCUCCAGCCCCAUGUUUCUACAUGAAGAGAGGCCUGUCAGACACAUAAUCCUGGAGAUCAGGAAGGAAGGAGAUUAUAGAAUCCCUAUCUGGAUUAUUAUUGGCAGCACGCUGGGAGGACUCUUAUUGUUAGCUCUUCUCAGUCUGGCCCUGUGGAAGCUCGGGUUCUUCCAGAGGCAGAAGCGGAAAGAGAAGGACGAGCAGGAAGCCAACGGGAAGGUGGCUGAAGAGCGGUAACGCAGGGUGAGGGCUCCCAGCAGACACCUYUCCCACAGAGGACACUCAGGGACCAGAUCGCCUCCCCACUGCUCCCCAGCGCCACAGCGGCAGCACCUWGGUGGCGUCACAGGACCACGGAUGCAAGGCUUAUUCAGUGCACUGGACCUGUCCUACAACAUAGCCCCCGACCUUUGAGUCGGCCUUGUCUCUCUCACAUAACAUUCCUGCACUGCUACAAUACUGGAUCUGUUUUUACUGACGUAUUCCACACGUUCGUUUCUAAAUGUCUGAAGAGCAAUGGGACGAAUUUUGAUUUGUUUCGAAAAGUUUGGACUUUUUUCAUCUUUGUGGCUGAAAAACAGUCAUUUCCUGUUUAAUCUUUUCAUGAUGUGUAUUUAUUUAACUUUUAUUAAACAUGAAAAAAGCUGGUAUUACAUAAAAAAAUUAAAAAUAAGGGUGACGCCACCCUAUAGGUUUAUAAAUGUAAAAAUGUUGUAAUGUAUAUUGAAUUUAAUGUUUAAACGUUGUUGUCUUUUUAUAUCUGGAACAUCAUCAUUCAUAAUUUAAGAAGAAACAAAACUCAAUUGAAGCUUUUUGGUGUUUAACUUUUUAAAUAUUUUUUACAAGCAGACUUUUUUAUUCUACAGCUAGGAAAACACACAAGAUUGUCUUUAAACAUUUUGAUGCACUUUUUAAAUAAUAUUGACUUUGUAAAUAGCCAAGUGCCUUUUAAUAUCCUUUUCAUAUUUGUUUAUACAAUUUUUCCACAUUACAUAUGGCACUUCCUUUUUAACUUAAGAAAAGCAUCCACAAGUGAUGGGAUUAUUACAGUAUGAGACAAUUUCAUGCCUUUUACAUGCACUGCAUCAGAGCAUAGGGCGUGCAUCAAAYACUGACAGCAAUUCUUCAAGAUUACAUGAGUGGGGUGUGGGGGAGUUACUAUGUACAGUAUAUUCCAGGCACAUAGUUCAAUUCUGUACCACAAUCAAGUAACUGUGUUACCUUCAGUUAUAA